CCUGCAGACAAAAACAACGCGGCGUUCCCUGGAAGGGGCAUGUGGCGGAAGCGGAAGAAGCGACUCUGGCUGAGGCGGCCGGGAGGGCAGGAACGGAAGCGGAAGUGGCGGCGGCGCCGGCCUGGCCUGGCCUGGCUGAGGGGAGGCGGCGGGCGGGCGAGAUGGCGGAGGCCGGGCCGCAGGCGCCGCCGCCCCCGGGCACUCCAAGCCGGCACGAAAAGAGCCUGGGACUACUCACCACCAAGUUCGUGUCGCUUCUGCAGGAGGCCAAGGACGGCGUGCUUGACCUCAAGCUGGCAGCUGACACCCUAGCUGUACGCCAGAAGCGCCGGAUUUAUGACAUUACCAAUGUUUUGGAAGGUAUCGGGCUGAUCGAGAAAAAGUCCAAGAACAGCAUCCAGUGGAAGGGUGUGGGGCCUGGCUGCAAUACCCGGGAGAUUGCCGACAAGCUGAUUGAGCUCAAGGCAGAGAUCGAGGAGCUGCAACAGCGGGAGCAAGAACUAGACCAGCACAAGGUGUGGGUGCAGCAGAGCAUCCGGAAUGUCACAGAGGACGUGCAGAACAGCUGUUUGGCCUACGUCACUCAUGAGGACAUCUGCAGAUGCUUUGCUGGAGAUACCCUCUUGGCCAUCCGGGCCCCAUCAGGCACCAGCCUGGAGGUGCCCAUCCCAGAGGGUCUCAAUGGGCAGAAGAAGUACCAGAUUCACCUGAAGAGUGUGAGUGGCCCCAUUGAGGUUCUGCUGGUGAACAAGGAGGCAUGGAGCUCACCCCCUGUGGCUGUGCCUGUGCCACCACCUGAAGAUCUGCUCCAGAGCCCACCUGCUGUUUCUACGCCUCCACCUCUAUCCAAGCCUGCCCUUGCUCAGUCCCAGGAAGCUUCACGUCCAAAUAGUCCUCAACUCACUCCCACUCCUGUCCCUGGUAGCACAGAAGUCCAGGGGAUGGCCAGCCCAGCAGCUGAGAUCACAGUCAUUGCAGUGAGUGGCGGCCCUGGAACUGAUAGCAAAGACGGUGCUGAGCUCAGUUCACUCCCACUGGGCCCGACAGCACUGGAUACCCGGCCGCUGCAGUCUUCUGCCUUGCUGGACAGCAGCAGCAGCAGUAGCAGUAACAGCAGCAGCAGUAGCAGUAACAGCAGCAGUUCAUCUGGACCCAAUCCUUCUACCUCCUUUGAGCCCAUCAAGGCAGACCCCACAGGCGUUUUGGAACUCCCCAAAGAGCUGUCAGAAAUCUUUGAUCCCACACGAGAGUGCAUGAGCUCAGAGCUGCUGGAGGAGUUGAUGUCCUCAGAAGGGCGCGGCCGCCUCCGCGGGGCGGGGCAGACGGAGCCGUCCUACCUUCCUACCCCCGGACUCCAACCCGGAACUAGCCUCGCUCCCUUGGGAAAGCCGCGUUGCCCGGCCUUGAGCCGCAGCCUGGGCCGUGAUUGUGGGACACCGGGGUCAGGUAUCCGAAAGGGGGACGCUUCUCGUCUCCAGGGGCCCCAGACCAGGUGCGCCGUCGGCCGCAGGUGCACGGUCUACGAAAAGUGCGGGCACCCACACCCCGGCUGGACCAUGGCGCCUCCGCGGAACGUGGUGAAGAUUGCUGUCCAGAUGCGUGACGCCAUCCCGCAGCUCAUCCAGCUGGACCAGGCGAAGCCCCUGGCCGCUGUGCUGAAAGAGGUGUGCGACGCGUGGAGCCUGACGCACUCUGAGCGCUACGCCCUGCAGUUUGCGGAUGGGCACAGGAGAUACAUCACUGAAAAUAACCGCACGGAGAUCAAGAAUGGCAGCAUCCUGUGCCUCAGCACGGCCCCAGAUCUUGAGGCUGAGCAGCUGUUGGGUGGGCUGCAGAGUGAGAGUCGUGAAGGGCGCCGGGAAGCCCUGAGGUGCCUCGUCCCCCUGGCCUCGGACAUGACCUUUGCCAGGGAGGUCAUCAGCCGUAAUGGUCUUGAGAGACUAAGCACCAUCAUUGAGGAUGGGGACGAUCUAGGGGAGGUGCUGGCCCUCAGCCUGAGGGCCUUCUCGGAGCUCAUGGAGCAUGGCGUGGUGUCCUGGGAGACGCUGACCAUCCCCUUUGUGAGGAAGGUGGUGUGCUACGUGAACAUGAACCUCAUGGAUGCCUCCGUGCCGCCCCUGGCCCUUGGGCUGCUGGAGAGUGUGACCUUGAGCAGCCCGGCCCUGGGCCAGCUGGUCAAGAGCGAGGUGCCCCUGGAUAGGCUACUGGUGCACCUACAGGUGAUGAACCAGCAGCUGCAAACCAAGGCCAUGGCUCUGCUGACAGCCUUGCUGCAGGGGGCCAGCCCUGGAGAACGCAAGCACAUGCUUGACUACCUCUGGCAGAAAAACCUUCGCCAGUUCAUCUACAAGAACAUCAUCCACAGUGCAGUACCAAUGGGCGAUGAGAUGGCUCAUCACCUGUACGUACUGCAGGCCCUCACGCUGGGGCUGCUGGAGGCACGCAUGCGGACACCCCUGGACCCCUACAGCCAGGAGCAGCGGGAGCAGCUGCAGGUUCUACGCCAGGCUGCCUUUGAGACAGAGGGGGAGUCUUUGGGCGCUGGGUUGAGUGCUGACCGGCGACGUUCCCUCUGUGCCCGAGAGUUCCGCAAGCUAGGCUUCUCUAACAGCAACCCAGCACAGGACCUGGAACGCGUGCCCCCCGGGCUGCUGGCCCUGGACAACAUGUUGUACUUCUCCAGAAAUUCGCCUAGCGCGUACAGCCGGUUUGUGUUGGAGAACAGCAGCCGUGAGGACAAGCACGAGUGCCCCUUUGCCCGGGGCAGCAUCCAGCUGACGGUGCUGCUGUGUGAACUGCUGCGCGUCGGGGAGCCCUGCUCCGAGACAGCCCAAGACUUCUCACCCAUGUUCUUUGGCCAAGACCAGAGCUUCCAUGAGCUCUUCUGUGUGGGCAUCCAGCUGCUGAAUAAGACCUGGAAGGAGAUGCGGGCUACACAGGAGGACUUCGACAAGGUCAUGCAGGUGGUGCGGGAGCAGCUGGCCCGAACGCUGGCCCUGAAGCCCACCUCCCUGGAGCUCUUCCGAACCAAGGUGAAUGCACUCACUUAUGGGGAGGUGCUGCGGCUGCGGCAGUCUGAACGGCUACACCAGGAGGGCACACUGGCUCCCCCUAUACUGGAGCUGCGGGAGAAGCUGAAGCCAGAGCUCAUGGGCCUGAUCCGCCAGCAGCGCUUGCUCCGCCUCUGUGAGGGGACACUGUUCCGCAAAAUCAGCAGCCGGCGGCGCCAGGACAAGCUGUGGUUCUGCUGCCUGUCCCCCAAUCACAAAGUGCUGCAGUAUGGAGACAUGGAGGAGGGCACCAGCCCACCUGCCCUGGAGAGUCUGCCUGAGCAACUCCCUGUGGCCGACAUGAGGAUGCUCCUGACAGGCAAGGACUGCCCCCAUGUCCGGGAGAAGGGCUCUGGGAAGCAGAAUAAGGACCUCUAUGAGUUGGCCUUCUCAGUCAGCUAUGACCACGGGGAGGAGGAGGCAUACCUCAACUUCAUUGCCCCCUCCAAGCGGGAGUUCUACCUGUGGACGGAUGGGCUGAAUGCCCUGCUGGGAAGUCCUAUGGGCAGUGAGCAGACACGGCUGGACCUGGAGCAGUUGCUGAGCAUGGAGACCAAGCUGCGUCUGUUGGAGCUGGAGAAUGUGCCCAUCCCCGAGCGGCCACCCCCUGUGCCCCCACCCCCCACCAACUUCAACUUCUGCUAUGACUGCAGUAUCGCCGAACCUUGACAGUGUGGCUGGCCAUGAGCCACAGCUGCAGCCACUGCGGCAGCCAUGAAGGGCAGAGGGUAGAGGAGUGACGCACCCUGACCAGCAGGAUUGUUGCAGAAAUAAAGUCUGCUUGGCUCUUGGGCUAUGUUGAGCCAGCUCUGAACCCUG